UGGAGGUCUGCGUUGCGCGUGGCGGCGAUGUUGGGCGCCGGUGCCCUGGAGCCAGGGCCCCCGGGGGCUGCCGCCGCCCCCUCCCCCGCCCCGGCCCGGGCUCCUGCCCCAGGAAGCUUGUUCCGGCCCAUCAGCGCGGAGGACGAGGAGCAGCAGCCCACCGAGAUCGAGUCGCUGUGCAUGAACUGUUACCGGAACGGCGUUACGCGCCUGCUGCUCACCAAGAUCCCCUUCUUCAGAGAAAUAAUCGUGAGCUCUUUUUCCUGCGAGCACUGUGGCUGGAACAACACGGAGAUCCAGUCGGCAGGCAGGAUCCAGGACCAGGGAGUGCGCUACACUUUGACUGUCAGGGCCCAGGAGGACAUGAACAGAGAAGUGGUGAAGACUGACUCUGCCACUACAAGGAUCCCUGAGUUGGAUUUUGAAAUUCCUGCUUUCAGCCAGAAGGGAGCGCUGACCACUGUUGAAGGAUUGAUCAACCGUGCUAUCUCUGGCCUGGAACAGGACCAGCCUAUGCGAAGGGCAAGCGAAGAAACCAUAGCUGAAAGAAUUGAUGAGUUCAUUGUCAAACUGAAGGAGCUAAAGCAAGUGGCCUCCCCUUUCACUCUGAUCAUUGAUGAUCCCUCAGGGAACAGCUUUGUGGAAAACCCAUUUGCUCCCCAGAAGGAUGAAGCCCUGGUGAUCACACACUAUAACCGGACUUCCAAGCAGGAGGAGAUGCUGGGACUCCAGGCAGAGGCACCAGAAGAGAAGCUGGAAGAGGAUGAUCUCAGGCAUGAAGUGCUACAAUUCAACACAAACUGCCCAGAAUGCAAUGCUCCGGCUCAGACCAACAUGAAGCUAGUACAAAUCCCCCACUUUAAGGAGGUUAUCAUCAUGGCUACCAACUGCGAGAACUGCGGGCACCGGACCAAUGAGGUGAAAUCUGGGGGAGCGGUAGAGCCCUUGGGCACCAGGAUCACCCUUCACAUCACAGACCCCUCAGAUAUGACCAGAGACCUCCUCAAGUCUGAGACGUGUAGUGUGGAAAUCCCAGAGCUGGAAUUUGAACUGGGAAUGGCUGUACUCGGGGGCAAGUUCACCACACUGGAGGGGCUGCUGAAGGACAUCCGGGAGUUGGUGAUCAAGAACCCUUUCACGCUGGGUGACAGUUCCAGUCCUGGCCAGGCAGAAAAACUGCAGGAGUUUAGCCAGAAGUUGGACCAGAUCAUUGAAGGUACCGUGAAGGCCCACUUUAUCUUGGAUGAUCCAGCAGGAAACAGCUACUUGCAGAACGUGUACGCGCCUGAAGAUGACCCUGAGAUGAAGGUGGAGUGUUACAAGCGCACAUUUGACCAAAACGAAGACUUAGGGCUCAAUGACAUGAAGACGGAGGGCUAUGAGACAGGCCUGGCCGCACAGCGGUAGCAGCGAGAGGUUCAUGGGCCAGCCUCCAGCACUGCUCACACUGCAGGGUUAUUUAUUGCUAUUGUAAUAAGGCUGAGGAGAGUCCUCCCCACCAGGCCUUGCCCAUGGUGGGUGGACCUAGGCACAUUUUCUAAACAGCUUAUGGUGGAAGUGCAAGGCUGUGGUGUUACUUGACCUCAUUUUGGAUGUUUUGAAUAAGUCUGUGAAGAAACCUGGAGAUGAACUGUGGGUAUGUCAUUACCAUGAUUCCUGUUGAGUCUUUACCCUCCCUCUGUAUGUAUAAUGCUUCCUGCUCUAGGCUACCACUGUGAAGUUUGACCCAAGGAAAUGGAGAAGGUGGAAUACAGCCACAGCUGGAGUUUGGGAGUUGGUGUUGGGUAAAUACAAUACUGACUUUCAACAGGAGAAGUACCUUCUCAGGGGAGGGAGGCCAGCAUAGGUGAAGUUAGUAAAGUGAUGGCUUUCAAACAGCGCUGGCCUAGGUAUUCACUCUGUCCUUGUUUGAUACUAUGCUGUUAGAAUUCAGACUCCUGAAUAAAACUUUCUCUAAUGUG